AUGUCAGCAACCAAAGCUUGGACAAAUGGAAAACCGCUCGUUACCUCGCUGCCCCACCCAAAGAAAGGUAUAUCAACUUCGUUGACGCUGACCUUCAUCGAAGAACACUUCCAGGAAGAGCUGGCAAACGGGUUCUUGGUGGUCCGCUUUGCAAAUGAUGUGCCGCAUUUUCAUUCCCCCGUGUGCAAGAACGCGGCUCACAAGCUGGCAUUGUUGGUGCCUUGGGGCCAAGGCUUUGUGUCCUCGGAUGGUCUUACCUCCUUGGACACGGACUGGACAAGGGAGCCGCAGGCCUGGGAACACGUGGCGCCAGCGACAGCUGCCUCCACGGACAGACGCAGGCACAUCCUAAUCAACCUGGACGCCGACAACAUUUUGUCUGGCAAUUUUGUUGGCCUCCUUGCCGCCAACAACCAAGUCCACGGUGGCAUUACGACCCUGCCGAGGCAGAUGUUUGGUUUCCGCUGCGUGGGAGGAGGUGACUCUGGCUGCACAGGCCGCAUGGGCGUGACACAGGAAACCUUCCUGCAGCUCAACGGCUACGACGAGUCCUUCUACCCGACUGGCUACCAGGACAUCGACUUCUUUGAGCGCCUGAAGCACAAGGCGCCGGGCUGGGCCUAUCGACUCUCCUUCCACCGCGGGUGGUCGAUCCCAAAUGACAGAGACGAGAAAGUUGCCCAAACCACAGCAAAGGUCCAACAUUCGGGCUGCAGUCUCACGUGGUCCUUGCAAAAUGCAAGGAACAGGGACAGCAGCAAGGAGCAGCUUAGUGAGGGGCGGUGGUUCCGGAAUACGGACACGCAACCGGAGCCCCGCAAAGCGCUGCUGCUGCUGAAAGCAUUGGGCGGCCCCUCACUAAGCUGCUCCUUGCUGGCUGCUGGAAGGAUCAGGGAUGGUCUUACCUCCCAGGUCAGGGAUGGUCUUACCUCCCAGGUCAGGGAUGGUCUUACCUCCCAGCGCGGUGCAGGCGAGGACCAUGCCAAGACAGAGGUCGAUGAGGCGAUGGAGGUGGACCAGGAGCCCCCAGUCCAAGCCACGAAGGAGGAGGCGGCAGCUGCUGCAGAUGCGGCGAUGGAGUCCGCAGACGAGCCGGCCACAGCGAAGGCACGUCCAGCGGACAGGCCUACGGCUGGGAUGGUCUUACCUCCCAAGCGGAACAAGGUCUACGUGGACAUUGUGACGUGUGGGGUGGCCAACCUGCAGUUCACUUUGGCCCCGGCCAGCGGCAGGAACAGGUUGCCGGCAGCCCUGUACCACAAAUGCAAAGCAAUGAGGCUGUUGGCAACUUCCAAAGGAGACCGGGCGGUGGACCACAACGCACUUGUUGAGAUGCUGCGCGAGGUGGACGUCUUCCCGCGCAACACCACAGAGCAUGUUGCGUUGGACACGCGGGUCUUCCACGACCCCGGGAAUAAGAACACCAUGCGCGACCACAUAGGGUACCACCCCGAGAUCAUACGCAUGGUGGCGGAGUCCCAGACGACAUGGUUCCACGAGUUUGUCCGCUUUGUGCGACGCGCGGUCCGCGCCGCGCAAGAAAAAGACAUCCCCGCGGGUCAGCGCAGGUCGGUCGGCGUCCUCUGCUUCUGCAAGAGCGGCAACCACCGCUCCGUGGCCAUGGCCUUUCUCCUCCAGCACGCCUUACAAAACUCCAACAUCAUAGAGGCAGUUCAAUGUGCUCACGUGACCGAGAUGGCAGGGAACUGGGCAGAGCGCCAGUGCGGACCUUGCGACAUUUGCCGUGGGCAACCAAACCAGGUCAACACGGCUCAUGAUAAUAUUUUGCGCCAGGCGAAACAUCGCGCCAGGAGUGCCUGGAAGCAUGCAGUCCAGAGCGCGUGA